AUGGAGCGAGAGAAAUUGAAGAGUGAAAUGUGUCGCAGACGAACACAUCGCAUCGGCAGAACAUUAAGGACAUUAGCAAAGAGCUGGACUGGACAAUCUGGUCUGUUAUUGACGGUCUGCCUCAGCCUCCUGGUGUGUGGCAGCCAAGCGGGUUUCGCCUGCCUCAGCAAUCCUUGUGUAUUUGGCGUCUGCAUCGAUGGCCUGAACAGCUCGUAUUCGUGUUACUGCAUUGACGGCUAUACAGGGAUCCAGUGCCAAACGAAUUGGGACGAAUGUUGGUCGGGACCCUGUCAAAACGGCGGUACAUGUGUGGAUGGUGUUGCCUACUACAAUUGUACGUGUCCGGAAGGAUUUUCUGGGUCAAAUUGUGAGGAAAAUGUGGACGAAUGCAUGUCAAAUCCAUGUCAAAAUGGUGGACUAUGCCGCGACCGUAACAAUGGCUAUAUCUGCACCUGCCAACCUGGUUAUCUGGGAGAUCACUGCGAGUUGGAUGUCGCCGUCUGUGACACGGGCACUGGGGCACGUUGUCAACAUGGUGGCGAGUGCAUUGAGGGUCCUGGAUUGGAGUUCACAUGCGAGUGUCCGGCUGGUUGGCAUGGACGCAUCUGUCAGGAGGAGAUCAAUGAAUGCGCCUCAGCGCCAUGUCAAAACGGUGGCGUCUGCGUGGAUAAAUUGGCGGCUUAUGCCUGUGCCUGCCCCAUGGGCUACACGGGUGUCAAUUGCGAGGAGGAGAUACUUAUCUGUGCGGACAAUCCGUGUCAGAACAAUGCGCUCUGCCUGAUGGAGGAGAACGUACCCACAUGCUAUUGUGUUCCCGACUAUCAUGGCGAGAAGUGUGAGUUUCAAUACGAUGAAUGUCAGCUGGGACCUCGUUGCAUGAACGGUGGUGUCUGCAUUGAUGGCGUCGAUACCUUCUCUUGCUCCUGCCCACCUCUACUAACGGGCAUGCUCUGCGAGUGCCUGGUGGUCGGUGAAGAGUCCCUCGAUUGCAAUUACACAGCACCGGCGACAGCUGCACCACCAGUGGUGCCGAUUACACCAGCAAUGCCCACUACAACACUAGCGCCACCUACAGUGCGACCGGUGACACCACCAGAGACAACCGUACCACCUGCACCACCUACCGCAACUGAAAGUACCACACUAACACCAGCUGUACAGGUGACUUCAGUCACCUCCACUUCCUCCUCAUCGGAAGAAACCUCAGUGGAGGUUAAGGUAACAGCACCACCUCCAGAGAGCGAUAGUCAUGUGAUUGACAAGGAGGCUACUACGCAACCACCCCCAGAGCCUACUCAAGAACCACAACAGCCGGCAACAGUGCCGACAACACCACCAACAACAAGCGUUUCCUCCUCCUCCUCGUCAUCGGAGGAAAGUCACAGCAUCUACACGACCCUACCGCCGCUACCAGCCCCCACCUCUGCUGAAUCUUCCUCCGAGGUGAUUACCUCCGAGGAAUUCACAACGGUGCGACGCUUUGAGGAGAGUGGCAGUGGAGGUAGCAGUUCAAGUGAGGAAGGUGUCACCACACCGCGUCCAACAGCACCGCCAGCACCACCGAGCAUUACAAUUGCUGUGGAUUAUGCGUCGUCAAGCAGCUCCGAGUCGGUGGAGCAGCCAAUAUCUGUAACCACACCUGGCAGCAUAUUUGUGCACCACGUAACCACAAUUGAUACAAGCAUCUCGGUAGACUAUGGAGCACCCACACCGACACCCUUUUUCCCGCCAGAGACCACGGCACGUGCGGUGCCACCACAGCAUGUAACUGAAACGUCUCUGGAGGAAACCACUCGACAUCUGUGGACAGAAGUGCCAACCACAGCGGCUCCCUUCUUCACCGAGUACCCGGCUGAGGUUCUCAUCACAUCCCAUAGCACGAGCGCUGGCCGAUUUACAACAUUGCAACCGCCAGUACAGCAAGAGACCACCACAUCUCCACUCGACUAUGAACCACCAAUUGUGGUGCCAACAACUAUACAAACUCCACAUAUUUUUGUUACCAUGGAAGAUGGCGGUGCAACGGCUCCGAUCACAACCAUAAUGCCACCAAUGCCGGCUCAGACAACCCACCCAGCCACUGGAAUACCCUUUGAAAAGGAGCCAAGCACCACACUCUUACCACCAGCUAUAACCAUGCCAAUGCCGGUGGAAAUCACAACACCACAGCCAAUGGUAACAGAGGAUCUGCAUUUACCAUAUGCACCAUCAAUGACCACCAUUGAGCCGCCAAGAGAGACAACUGUUCCAGCCGUACAAGUGGUAACCCUGCCACCCACUCCCAUGCCCACAGAACCACCAAUACCCAGCUUACCAGCAGUCACUGUGCCACCGACACCACCCUCCACACAGUCCGCACAGACAUUGCCACCGCCCACACCACCGUUGCAUGUGUACGGCACACCCGGACAGACAGAGUUGCCAACACAGACCAAACCACCGGUCACUGAAAGCAGCGAGGAAACCGACGGCGCCAACACGGUUGCCCAGGGCGGAACCGGUGAUGUUGGUGGUGUUAGAGGCGGUGCAGAGGAUAAAUCUGGUGAUGUGGAUUGCAUUAAAUUGGGCUGCUACAAUGGCGGUACCUGUGUGACCACAUCGGAGGGAUCCCGGUGCGUUUGCCGCUUUGACCGCCAGGGGCCGCUUUGUGAGCUGCCGAUUAUAAUACGUAAUGCAGCAUUCUCUGGUGAUUCGUAUGUCUCGCAUCGCAUCUACAAGGACAUACCACAGCACGAGGCACUGGAUGCCGUUCUGCCAAUGCACAUCCAACUCAAGGUGCGCACUCGGGCGACCAACGGACUGAUCAUGUUAGCCGCAGCGCAGGGAACAAAAGGAGGACACUAUAUGGCGCUAUUCCUGCAGAAGGGUCUAAUGCAGUUCCAGUUCUCGUGCGGAUUGCAAACGAUGCUGCUGAGCGAACUGGAAACGCCUGUAAAUACGGGCCAUGAAAUUACCAUUCGAGCUGAAUUGGACUUCAGCCGCAAUUACACGCACUGCAAUGCCUCGCUGCUCGUUAACGACACGUUGGCCAUGUCCGGAGAUCAACCAACAUGGCUGAAACUGCUGCCACCGCGACUGCAUACACCCGAGGUCAUAUUGAACACUUGGUUACAUUUGGGCGGUGCUCCCCAGGCGCCUAUUGGCCUCAUUAUCGAGCUGCCGCCAGCUCAAAGUGGCACCGGAUUCACCGGCUGUCUUCAUACCCUCCGCAUUAAUGGACAAGCGCGCGAAAUUUUCGGCGAUGCGCUGGAUGGCUUUGGCAUUACGGAAUGCGGCUCAUUGGCCUGCCUGUCGAGUCCUUGCCGCAAUGGCGCCGCCUGCAUUAAGAUUGAAUCGAAUGAGCUGGACGAGAAUGGUGAAAAGGCCGAGAAAUGGAAAUGCAAAUGCCCCACCGGCUAUAUGGGUCCAACCUGUGAGAUAUCCGUAUGCGAGGACAAUCCUUGUCAAUAUGGUGGCACUUGUGUACAAUUUCCGGGCAGCGGUUACCUCUGCCUCUGUCCCCUUGGCAAGCAUGGACAUUACUGCGAGCACAAUCUCGAGGUGGCACUGCCAUCAUUCUCUGGUAGCGUCAACGGACUGUCCUCGUUUGUAGCCUACACGGUGCCCGUUCCCUUGGAAUAUUCCCUGGAGCUGAGUUUCAAAAUAUUGCCACAGACCAUGUCUCAAAUCUCGUUGCUCGCCUUCCUCGGCCAAUCCGGCUAUCAUGACGAGAAGAGCGAUCAUUUGGCCGUUAGCUUUAUACAAGGUUACAUAAUGUUAACCUGGAAUCUGGGUGCGGGACCACGUCGCAUUUUCACACAGAAACCCAUCGAUUUCCGGCUGGAUGCACCACGAGUUCCCUACGAAAUAAAGGUCGGUCGCAUUGGUCGUCAGGCUUGGCUCUCCGUCGAUGGAAAAUUCAAUAUUACGGGUCGCUCUCCGGGCAGCGUCAGCCGCAUGGAUGUCCUUCCCAUACUCUAUCUGGGUGGCCAUGAGAUUGCCAACUUUAACACGUUGCCACACGACUUGCCGCUGCAUUCGGGCUUCCAGGGCUGCAUUUACGAUGUGAACCUCAAAGCUGGACAGGUCACAGUGCCGUUGCAGGAAACACGAGGGGUACGUGGACGUGGCGUGGGACAGUGCGGCACGAGGGAGUGUCAUCGACAUGCCUGCCAGCAUGAUGGCGCCUGUUUGCAGCAUGGUGCAACCUUCACGUGUAUCUGCCAGGAAGGCUGGUAUGGACCUCUCUGUGCACAAGCUUCGAAUCCCUGUGAUUCCUUUAAUAACAAAUGCUAUGAGGAGGCAACUUGUGUGCCGCUUGUCAAUGGUUACGAAUGCGACUGUCCUGUGGGACGCACCGGCAAGAAUUGUGAGGAAGAAAUACGUUCACUAAGCGACGUCUCACUAACUGGUCGACGUUCGUAUCUGGCAGUGCGUUGGCCAUAUCUAUAUGAUGGCGGCGAUAAAAUGGGCUCAAAGCGCUCCCAAAUGGUUAGCUAUCGUAAUUUUACCAAGAAACUGAUGCCACCAAGGCCCAUUUCGACGCCCAGCACACACUUUGUGAUGAAGCUGCUCAACGAGGUGGAGAAACAACGCAGUUUCUCCCCAGUACCAUUGAUGGGAUCCAAGACCUUCGAGGAACAUCAUCGUGUACAAUUCUUCUUCAUAGAAUUCCAACUGCGUCCACUUUCCGAGCGUGGACUCCUUCUUUACUUUGGCACGCUCAAUAGCAAUCAGGAUAAGAAAAUAGGAUUUGUUUCGUUGUCACUGCAGGGAGGCGUCGUUGAGUUUAGAAUCUCCGGACCCAGCAAUCAUGUGACAGUGGUGCGAAGUGUUCGAAUGUUGGCAAUUGGCGAGUGGCACAAGAUCAAGAUGGCACAACGUGGACGCUGGUUAACAUUGUGGGUGGAGGGCAGCGCAUCCUCGGCAUUGGCACCAUCCGCUGAGGUGCUUGUCGAGCCCGACUCUCUGCUUUACAUUGGCGGAUUAAAGGAUGUCUCCAAACUGCCGCACAAUGCCAUCUCCGGCUUUCCAAUACCCUUCCGCGGCUGUGUCCGUGGACUUGUCGUGAGUGGCACUCGCAUUGUGCUCAAUGAAACGAAUAUUGUGGAAUCGCGUAACAUUCGGGAUUGCGAUGGCACCGCCUGUGGUGGUGACUCUUGUGAGUCUGGUGGUCACUGCUGGCUGGAUGAGAAGCUACAACCGCAUUGCAUUUGCCCGGAUUAUGCCAAAGGCGAUCGCUGUGAAUAUUCCGAGACCUGCAAGCUGAUUCCCUGCAAGAACAAUGGACGAUGUCUGCGCAGUGGUCGCUGUUCCUGUCCCAAUGGCUGGGGAGGAUUCUACUGUGAGAUUGCUUUGAGUAAGCCGACAACGCCGAGCUUCCGUGGCAACAGUUACUUGAUCUUGCCACCCCCUCGCAUACCCAUGAAAGACAAACGUCGCGGCCCUUCGCUCUAUGUCCGACCUCGAGAAGCCAUACAAAUCUCACUGAACUUCUCCACCAUCGAACCGGAUGGUCUAUUGCUGUGGAGCGAGCAUAAUCAAUUCAAAUUCUUGGGUCUAGGUCUGGAGAAUGGCCAUCUCAAGUUGGCCAGCAAUCUGCUGGGCAGCAACAAUGAUACUGUUCAAGCACCUGCUAGCGGUUUUGUAGCCGAUGGCGCCUGGCACGGCACAAGUGUUCUUUUGGAUCGUACACGACUUGAACUUCAGCUAGAUGGCGAGGUAAUCUUCAGCGAGCGUUUGCCGGAACUUAAUCGGCGAACAACAAUAAUACCAACUACAACAUUACAGCGACGAGCGGGCAAAGAGCCAACGAUUAGCUACGAGGAUAUUUUCUAUUUAGGUGGCUUUCCCAACCAAGAGACGGUGAGCAAACGGACGCAAGGUCGCUUCUUUGUGCCAUUUAAGGGUUGCCUGCAGGACAUUCAAUUCGGUGCAGAGCCGAGUGCCGUUAUCAGCGAUUUCGCGGCAUACCAAGGCGAAAAUAUUGGCUCUUGUGAUUUGCAUGGUGAUGAGCCGAUUGUUGUAUAAAUCGAUGAACGAAUCAAACAUUAAUUAGAAAAAAAGAUUGCAUAACCUAUUCUAGAAUUAUUCGUAUAUUUAUGUGAAAUGCAAUUACAUAAUUGUGGAAAAAACUUUAAGUAAAACUAUAAAAAAAAAACCGAUAAAUAGUACUUAAGCUAAAUGUUAAGGGAAUUUAUAUAUCGCAAAAGCCCGCAAACAAAAAAAAUUAAAUUGAAGGUAUACAGAUGGAGUCAAGCUAUAUAAAGCAAACGAAAUGGAACGUAAUUUUGUAAAUUUUAUAGAAAUAACUGACAAAAAAAAAGGAAAAAAAAAAACAAAAAGAUUAGAUUAAUAAAUAAAUAAUAAUAUGAAAACAAUUGAUCGGAAAGGAUAAUAUAAAGAAAGAUAAUGUGUUUUAUCAAUAAAUCAAACAAGAUCUAAGAAAAAUUAGAACAAAAUUUUAGUUUAGGGUCUAAAUUUAGCAAAAUACCAGAUACUUCUCUUACGUAAGUGAUAUUUAACGUGGAAUAAUAAUAAACAUAAAAUGCAUAUGACAAAGAAGAAAUACCUACCUAAAUUAGACACUUUUUAACUGACAUAAGUAAAUAUUGUUUUGUUAAUCCAUUUUGUUGUUAUAGUGUUUACAAAUCUAUAUCCAUAAUCUAUGUGUUCUGUACCAACUGUACUCUUGAAUCUAAUACUCGUAUAAAAGCUGCCCUUGUAACAAUUUUCUGCCAUUUUUAUUUGUUUAAUUUUAGAUUAUUCACAAAUUUGAAUAGGUUUAAUAUAUUCUUGUUUUCUGUGUUAUUUUUCUAUAUGUUAUACUAGCAUUAUGCUACUCAAAUUGAAGCCGUUUAGUUGCCUUGUAGUAAGUUAGUGUAAUAAUCUCGAUAUGAUUUAUUGUUUUUUCAAA